AUCUUCGUACAAUAACGAGACAGCCUGAAGCUCUGGCUACUGAUGCCUGAUUAGAUUUUAUGACAAGGAAGCAGUUUGAAAGAUGUCUCUGCGGACAAGGAUCAAUGGUUUCACAGCAUGGGUCAAUUUCAGGCUGAAGCCCUAUGAUCAUCUGUUGAGCAAUGUUCUCAUGGACCUACUGAAGGGAACUAAUAUCAAGAUGCUUAUUCAAAGUCUUACCGGUGUGGAAAACAAAAAGCUGCAGAGCCUUGAUGGACUUACUCAGCAACAAAAGGUGACACGCAUGGAGUGGGUAAUAGGGGAACUUAAAGAGAAUGAUGUUAUACCACCGGAUGUAUUUAUUGAUUGUAGAUUGUUUGCAAUGAGACAUGCAGAACAUGUGUUUGAUUUAUUGUGGCGUUUAGUAUGUCAUGAUAUUUGGUUUACGUGGGACAGACUUGAGUACCUUCUUUACAACGAGGAUAAAGUUCUCACCGAAGUGCCAUUUGAGUGGAUUCCUAAUCUUCGUCCGGAAAAGAAGAAAAUGAAAAAGAAAACAAAAGUGACUCGAUCGUUGUUGUCAGGUUUUGGUGGUGGAUCCUUAAUCCCAGAAAGUGUUCCUUCAUCUCCG